GAAUCCUUUCCUGUCUCCUCGCCGCUGUUGCUGUCUCCCAGGUGUUUUUAUUAGCCAUGAAUAUGUUUAGUGGUAAGGCUCAAGGAAAUUCAGUAGAAGUGGGAUUCGUAUGUUCAUGUGGAACACGAUUUGAAACAAUAGUGUUCAGGAACAAGCUUUCCUUCACUCGGAAGCCUACACUUGUGGUUCCUGUGGUGGGUGUUGAAUGGAUUGGAGAAGAAAUGGAAGUGAAGGUGGUUUGUCCUCAUUGCCAUCAAGGGUGUCUAUUCAAAGGCGGUGCUGGUCGUGGGACAUUUACCGCUAUUGACUGAACUAUCUCUUAUACUUUUAUAACUAUAAAUAAAACUGGAUGUUUGUUUAUUAUGCUUAGAAAACAAUCAAAAACUCUUAUGUGUUUAGAUCUGCUGUUUAUUGUGGUUGGAUAUCAAUCAAAAAUGUUAUAAUGUUAUAAUGCUAUAUCCAUAUUUAUGUUUAC